AGAGGAGGGUGGAGGCGAUGAAGAGGAGGGUGGAGGCGAUGAAGAGGAGGGUGGAGGCGAGGAAGAGGAGGGUGGAGGCGAUGAAGAGGAGGGUGGAGGCGAUGAAGAGGAGGAUGGAGGCGAGGAAGAGGAGGGUGGAGAGACAAAAACAAAGAAACAUUUGGGACUUUGGGAAUCUGAGGCUGCUGCCGACGUCAAGCCUCCGCUGCCGGAUCCAGAGUUUAACCGCCGAUGCAGUUUGAUCCUCAGUGAUAUCAAAUACAAAGGAAACCUGAAGACGGAGAUUUCUUCCUCUCUUUACUCUCUGCUGCCUGAAACCACAGAGACCCAGUUUGAGAGAGCUGACGGAGAUGCAGAGCGAGAACAAAUACAAGGAGGAAGGCAGGAAGGAGAUGAGCAGCAGUUUGUUUUCUCAGCUUCCUGAAACCAACCAGACGCAGCUGGCCCGGACCGUCCAGGACCUCCAGAGCCAGAAAAAGUACCAAGAAGACGGGAGGAGGAAGGCGUCCAUGUCGCUGUACUCCCAGCUGCCAGAGACGCCGGAGAUCCAACACGCCUUGGAGGUUUCCCAGCUGCAGAGCGACGUUUUUUGCUCCAAGCUGCUGGGAAGAGGAGCUGCUUCCUCCCUGUACUCCCAGCUGCCCGACACCACAGAGAUCCAGUUCGCCCGGGAGAUGACAGAGCUGCACAGUGAGAGUAAAUACAAGGAGGGCGGCAGGAAGAGCCUGUCUCAGAGUUUCUACUCUCAGCUGCCAGAAACGGCAGAGACUCAGUUUGCUAAAGGAGUUUCUGAGCUGCAGAGUGAGACCAGAUACAAGGAAUCCGGGAGGAAAGGCGUGAGCUCCAGUCUCUACUCGCUGCUGCCGGAGACGAUAGAAACGCUUCGAGCCAAAGAGGUUUCUGAGCUCUGCAGCGAGCUCAAGUAUAAAGAAGAAGGCAGGAAGGAAGCGAGCGUCAGCCUGUACGCCGUCCUGCCGGAAACCCUGGAGACGCAGCACGCCAAGGAGGCGUCCAGCCUGCAGAGCCAGGUGAAAUAUAAAGAAGGCGUGAAGGAGAAGAUCCAGAGCAGUUUGUACCAUCAGAUGCCUGAAACUACGGAAACCCAGAUGGCCAAACAUCUGUCAGAGCUGCAGAGCGACAUGAAAUACAGAGAAGCAGGAAAGAAGCAGAUCAGCAGCUGCCUUUACUCUCUGCUGCCUGCGACUCUGGAGACGCAACAAGCUAAAGAGACGACAGAGCAGCUGAGCCAGCUGAAGUACCAGGAGAGCAGCAGGAAGGAAAUGUCCAGCAGCCAUUAUGCCACCAUGCCGGAGACGUCAGAGACCAGCUUCGCCAGAGAAAUGAGCGACCUGCAGAGUGAGGUUAAAUACAAGCAGGACGGGAUGAGGAGCGUCAGUCAGAGUCUCUACAGUCGGCUGCCAGAAACGGCUGAGAUGAAGUUCGUUAAAGACGUUUCUGAGCUGCAGAGCCAGAUGAGAUACAAGCAGGGCAGGAAGGAAGUGAGCCGCUCGCUGUUUUCCUCGCUGCCUCAGACGCUGGAGACGAUUCACGCCAAGGAGGUUUCUGAUCUGAUCAAUGAGAGGAAAUACAGAGAUUCAGUGAAGAGAGAUCUGAGCUGCAGCCUCUUCCACCAGCUGCCCGAGACGCUGGAGACGCUCCAUGCUAAGGACGUCUCUGACCUGCUGAGCCAGGUAAAAUAUAAAGAAGACGGUAAGAAGGAGAUGAAUGUGAACCUGUACUCUGUGAUGCCUGAGACCAUCGACACGCAACACGCCAAGGAGGCGUCGGAGCUGCAGAGUGACGUGAAAUAUAAAGAAGGCGUGAAGGAGAUCCAGAGCAGUUUGUACCAUCAGAUGCCUGAAACUACGGAAACCCAGAUGGCCAAACAUCUGUCAGAGCUGCAGAGCGACACUAAAUACAAAGAAGCUGGAAGGAAGGAGAUGAGGGUCAACCUGUACUCUCAGCUCCACAACAACCUGGAGAUCCAGAGAGCGAAGGAAGCUGCAGAGCUGCAGAGCGAGAUUAAAUACAAAGAAAGUGGGAAGAAGGAAAUGAGCGGCUCUUUGUACUCGACUCUCCCUGACACUCUGGAAACCAGCUUCGCCAGAGACAUGACUGACCUACUGAGUGAGAAUAAAUACAAAGAGGACGGGAAGAGGAGCCUGUCUCAGAGUUUUUACUCUCAGCUCCCAGAAACAGCAGAGACUCAGUUUGCUAAAACCGUCUCUGAGCUGCAGAGUGAGAUGAAAUAUAAGGAAUCAGGGAAGAAAGAGUCGAUGAACUCUCUGUACUCGACUCUACCGGAGACUCUGGAAACGCAGCGCGCUAAGGAGGCGACGCAGCUGCAGAGCCAGCUGACAUACAAACAGAACCAGCCGGUUGGAUCCAGUCUCUUCCACCUGAUGCCAGAAACCAUCAACACGCAGUUUGUCCGGCAGCAGACGGAGAUGCUGAGUGAGGUGAAGUACAAAGCAGACGGGAUGAAGGAUCUGAGCCUCUCUCUCUUCUCUCUGCUUCCUGACUCUCUGGACAUGCAGAGAGCCAAAGAGCUGACGGAGCUGCAGAGCCAGGUAAAAUACAAAGAGGCCAGUAAGAAGCAGAGUUCAUCGUCUCUGUUCCACCGACUGCCUGAAACUCUGGAGAUGCAACACGCCAAGGAGGCGACGCGUCUGCAGAGCCAGCUGCUCUAUAAAGAAGGAGUGAAGAAGGAGCUGCAGUGUCCGGUUUACCACCAGCUUCCUGAAACUCUGGAGACGCAGUUCGCCCGCGAGGUCGGCCUCAUGCAGAGCCAACACAGAUACACAGCGGAGGGGAAGCAGCUUCUCUCUCAGAGCGUUUUCUCUCAGCGGCCAGAAACCAGAGACAUCAAGUCGGCUUUAGCCGCCGCUGAGCUGCAGAGCGAGAACAAGUACAAAUCGUCGGGCCGACAGCAGGACGGCAGCAGCCUCUACUCUGUGAUGCCAGAAACUCUGGAGACCCGACAUGCCAAGCAGGUUUCUGAGAUGCAGAGCCAGGUCCGGUAUCAGUCGGACCUGAAGCAGCUGCAGUCCAGCUUGUUCUCCAGCCUUCCUCAGACGCUGCAGACCCAGCGGGCCAAAGAGGUGACCGACCUGCAGAGCCAGGUGAAGUAUAAGGCGGACCAUCAGAAGGACUCGCCGUCUCUGUACCAGCAGCUCAGCGAGACGCCGGAGAUGCAGCGGUCCCGGCAGGUUCUGGAGGUCCAGAGCGAGGUGAAGUACAGGAAGGACCUGGAGGAUCUGCCCGGCUCGCUGUUCGCUCUGCUGCCUGAAACCCUGCAGACGCAGUUCGUUAAGGAAAUGGCCGAGACGCACAGCGAGGUGAAGUACAAGCAGGCGGCGAAGGAGCAGGCAGCUUCAUCUCUUUACUCCUCGCUGCCUGAAACCCUGGAGACCCGACACGCCAAAGACGCUGCAGCGCUGCAGAGCCGCAAAAAAUACUGCGAGGAAGGAAGGAGGGAGAUGAGCUGCCCUCUGUACGCCCAGCUGGCUGAAACAGCAGAAACUCAGUUUGCCAGAGAGGUUUCAGAAAUCCAGAGCGAGAACAAAUAUAAGGAAGGAGGGAAGAAGAUCCAGACGGUCAGCGUUUACUCUCAGCUCCCAGAAACCAACCAAACCCAGUUCGCUAAAACCGUUUCUGAGAUCCAGAGUCAGGUGAAAUAUAAAGAGUCAGGAAAAAAAGAAACGUCCAGCAGUUUGUACUCAAAGCUUCCUGAGACUCUGGAGACGCAGCAUGCGAAAGACGCGACGCAGCUACAGAGCCAGGUGAAGUACAAGCAGCCGCUCAGCGUCUCUCUGUUCCACCGCCUUCCUGAGACGACGGAGACGCGGCUCGCCAAGGAGCUCAGAGACGUUUACAGCCAGGUGAAGUACAGAGAGGAGGGGAAGAAGGAGAUGAGCAGGAGCCUUUACUCCCGCCUCCCGGAGACGGAGGAGACGCAGCGGGCCAGAGAGACGGCCGAGAUCCAGAGCCAGUCAAAGUACAGGAAGGACCUGGAGGAUCUGCCCAGCCCUCUGUUCUCUCUGCUGCCUGAAACUCUGCAGACGCAGUUUGUUAAAGACAUGAGCGAGACGCACAGCGAGGUUAAAUACCGGGAGGCGAGCAGGAAGCAGAGCGGCGGCGCUCUGUUCCACCGGCUGCCCGACACGCUGGAGACGCGCCGCGUUAAAGACGUUACUGAGCUGCAGAGCCAGUUUAAAUACAAGCAGAGCGGCAAGAAGUUCCUGUCGUCUAGUUUCUACGCUCAGCUGCCAAAGACCGCAGAGACGGAGCUCGCCGCCAAGAUGGCCGACCUGCUGAGCGAGAACAAAUACAAAGAGGACGGCGUGAAGAGCCGCUCGCGCAGCCUCUACGCCCAGCUGCCGGAAACCAGCGAGAUCAACUUCGCUAAGACAGUUUCUGAGCUGCAGAGCGAGGUUAAAUACAAGGAGGCCAGCAGGAAGGAGGCGGGCAGCUGUCUGUACCAGCGGCUGCCUCAGACUCUGGAGACUCAACAUGCCAAGGAAGCCGCACAGCUGCAGAGUGAGGUGAAGUACAGAGAAGGGAGGAAGGAGCUGAGCUGCAGCCUGUUCUCUCUGCUGCCUCAGACGGAUGAGGUGAAGUUCUCCAGAGCCGUGAUGGAGCUGCAGAGCGAGAAUAAAUACAAGCAGAAAGGCAGACAGGAGAUCAGCAGCACCGUUUUCCAUCAAAUGCCUGAAACCAAAGAGACGCAGUUCGCCAAGCAGAUGUCAGAAAUACACAGUGAAUACAAGAAGGACCUGGAGGAUCUGCCCAGCUCUCUCUUCUCUCUGCUGCCUGAAACUCUGCAGACGCAGUUUGUUAAAGAAAUGAGCGAGAAGCACAGCGAGAGUAAGUACAAGGAGGCCAGCAGGAAGGAGCUGGUUCACUCUCUGUACUCUCAGCUUCCUGAAACCAAAGAAACUCAACAUGCGAAGGAGCAAACUCAGCUGUGCAGCGACAAAGCGUACAGGGAGGAGGGGAAGAAGGAAGCGGGUCGCUGUCUGUACGCCCAGAUGCCCCAAACCAUCGAAACCGUCUUCGCCAAGGAGGCGACCAAGACGCUGAGCGAAAAAUCCUACAAGGAGAAGUUCAACCGUGAGAGGGGGCGGAGCGACUACAGCAGCAUGAAGACGCUGCCGGAGGUGGAGCACGCCGUGGAGGUCGCCAAGAAGCAGAGCCAUGUCGGCUACAGGACAGGCAGAGAGGAACUCCACCGCUACAACCCGGCGCCCGACCGGCCCGACAUCAUCAGCGCCGCCAACGCAGCCAAGCUGGCCAGCGACGUUGCCUAUAAGCGCGGCGCCAAGCAGCCGGCCUACAGCGAUGGAUCCGUCCUGGACAGAACCGACAUCCUGCACGCCACGCAGGCCUCCAGGCUGGCCAGCCAGGUGAAGUACAAGGAGAGCUUCGACCGGCACUUAAAGGGCCAGCGUCCGCGCUACAACCCCCUGGACUGCGUCUCCUUCAGACACACACAGGCUGCAGCUGCUCUGGCCAGUCAGGUGAAGUAUAGAACCAACCGGAACCAGAGGUCCGAAGGCUCGUCGGACGUGCCCAACCUGCUGCAGCUUAAGCACGUCCUGCAUGCCAGCAAGCUGCAGAGCAACCUGGAGUACAAGAAGAAGUACGAGCAAACAAAAGCCCACUACCACAUCGCUGUGGAUACGGCGGAGCAGCAGCACCACCGGGAGAACGCCGUGCUGCACAGCCAGGUGAAGUACAAGGAGGAGUAUGAGAGGAACAAGGGGCGCUCUCUGAUGGAGUUUGGAGAAACUCAGACCUAUAAAGUAUCGAAAGAGGCUCAGAAGAUGCAGAGCGAGAGGGAAUACCGCAGGGACUUUGAGGAGCAGGUGAAGGGUAAAGCUUUGCUGGAAGUGGAUCAGACUCCGGGAUUCCUGACGGCCCGGAACGCCAGCAGCCUGCUGAGCGAGAAGGAAUACCGGCGGGAUCUGGAGACACAGAUCAUGGGAAAAGGGAUGGAGCUGAGCGCCGACGUCCUGGAGAUCCAGAGAGCCACCAGGGCCUCGCAGAUCCAGAGCCAGAUAUCGUACAAGCAGAUGGAGCAGCUGAGGGAAAACUCGUACGGGACGCUGACCGACACGCCGGAGCUGCUGCACGCCUCCUACCUCAAAGACGUCUACAGCCAGAAGAAGUAUAAAGACGAGGCGGAGCAGCUGAAGGGCCGGUUCUGCCUGGUGUCAGAAACCCCGGAGAUGGAGCGGGUCCGAGCCAACCAGAGACACGUCAGCUCUCUGCAGUACUGCUGGGACGCCAAGCUGAUGAGAGGCCUGACGGCGUCGACCGCCGAGACGCCGGAGAUCGUCCUCGCCCGAGAAAACGCCAAGAAGAUCAGCGACGUCCAGUACAGAGAGGAGGUGGGUCAUGGUACUCCUGUCACGGACACACCCGAGAUGGAGCGAGUCCGACGGAACCAGGAGAACAUCAGCUCAGUGAGUAGGAGGUCCAACCUGAGAGGUGCUGGUUCUGGCGGAACCGCAGAGAUCCGACACAUUCAGAAGAAUCUCAUCGUCCUCCAGGUGAAGUACAGGCAGAGCAGCAAGGCCUGCAGCCUGGGAGUGACUCCAGAACUGGAGCGGGUCAAACAGAACCAGCAGAACAUCAGCUCGGUCCGGUACCGGCGCGGCCUGCAGGAGCUGAGGGGGCGGAGCUGCAGCGAGCCGGACACGCCCGAGUACCGGCGGGUCAGGCGGACCCAGGACUCGGUCUCCAUGGCUAAGUACCAUGAGGACUUUGAGCGGACCCGCGGUCGGGGCUUCACGCCGGGAUUGGACGAUCCCAGCAUGGAGCGCUACCAGAGAGCCAAUCAGAUGAUGGGGGAGGCGGCCUACGCCAAAGGGAUCCACCCCCAGGCGGUGGAGAUGGACCGGCGGCCCGGAGGCAUCAUCGUAGACCUGAAGGUGUGGAGGACAGAUCCAGGCUCCAUCUUUGAUUUUGACCCUGUAGAGGACAACAUUCAGUCCAAAAGUCUGCGCAGGAUGUCGGAGCGCGCCGGCCGCAGGCUGAGCAGCCAGCUGUCCCAGCAGUCUGCCAGCUCUGUGACCUCUGACCUCUGGGACCACAGCGGCAGCAGCACUCCUGCUCCCGUCCUGCCCGGUGCGUACCACCAUCAUCAUCAGAGCGUCCAGCAGCAGCAGCAGUUCCACGGCUACAUGCAUCAGACCAGCAUGUCGUCGGUCCGAUCCGUCACCUCGCCGCCGCACUCGGCCACAUCGCGUGUUUACCGGGCGCUCUACGACUACGCGGCCCAGGACCACGACGAGGUGUCCUUCAGGGACGGAGACGUCAUCGUCAACGCGCAGCCCAUCGACGAGGGCUGGAUGUACGGCACCGUGCAGAGGACCGGCAAGUCCGGCAUGCUGCCCGCAAACUACGUGGAGUGUUGCAACUGAACAGGGAGGAAGAGGAGGAGGAGGAAGAGCCGGCGUCCUUCAGGGUGAAAACUGUCAACGCUCUCAGAUGCUGGUGAUGUUUUUAUUUCAGGGUCCCCAUAUGUUCCACCAGCUGCAGAAAUGACGUCCAACAUGUUCUCCGCUGAACCUUUUAGUCAUCAGCCAAUUAGACGCCUGGCAGUUUACUGAGGAAGAGGAGGAUGUGUGUGAGAGGCUGAGGUUCUGAUCAACCGUAGGAAAGAAAAUUAGUUGGAGGGUAAAAAGAGCUCUGAUGGUUAAAUGAACUGAGACAAGUUGAAAGAGGUGGUCUAGUCCAAGUUUCAUGUUGAAGUU